AUGUUCAAGCACGCUAUCAUCGGCUGUCUGCUUUCGACGAUAAUCUCCUCUGUCCAAGGACAUGGAUACGUCCAGGAAAUCACUGCUGACGGGGCGAAAUACACCGGAUGGUUACCUUACAACGAUCCCUACACGACCCCGAUACCCGAACGUAUCGUUCGGAAAUUUCCAGACAACGGUCCCGUUCAAGACUUGAGUGUGAUUGACAUCCAAUGCAAUGGCUGGGCCGCUCAAGGGUCCGUGACCACACCGGCACCUCUGGUGGCCAAAAUCACUGCUGGCUCUCAAUUGACUCUAAACUGGACUUUCUGGCCCGAAGACCACAAGGGCCCCAUGCUGACUUACAUGGCUCGUGCACCCAGCGACAUCACGAAAUGGUUGCCGGGAAGUAGCGCUGUAUGGUUCAAGAUCGAUGAGUCCGGCAAGGACUCUAAUGGAGUCUGGGCGGCUUCGGAUAAACUGGAUGCUAACAAUGGUAUCUACAAGGUGACCAUCCCGAAAAAUCUUAAGCCCGGUCAAUACAUUAUUCGGCAUGAAGUUAUUGCUCUCCACUUUGCCGCUCAAUAUCCUGGGGUUCAAAUAUAUCCCUCCUGCAUUCAGGUUGACGUUGUUGGUAGUGGAAACGCUUUCCCAACUUCCUUCGUGUCAUUCCCGGGAGCGUACACUCCGACCACACCAGGAAUGGUUUAUGAUAUCUACUCGAACACCGGGCCAUACCCAAUUCCUGGACCAGCUGUAUGGACCGGCGGAAACUAA